AUGGCUAAACAACUCUACUGUCUGCCUCGCGGCUCGCGGAUCCUGGUGACCGGCGCGAACGGCUUCAUUGGGAGUAAUGUUGUCUACAGUCUGCUUGAACUAGGCUUCAAGGUUCGCGGGACUGUCCGCGCCCCGAAACCAUGGCUCGAUGAGAUGUUCCGGGAGAAGUUCGGGAACGACUCAUACGAGUCUGUUAUUCUUGCUAACUUUGAGAAUGUGGAUACCCUGGUCGAUGUGAUGGACGGUGUAUCCGGGGUGGCGCAUGUGGCAUCAGAUGUCAGCUUCAGCUCGAACCCGGAAGAGGUUGUACCGUGGGUGUUGAGAGCUAUUAACAAUUUGCUGGAGGCUGCGUCGAGACAUUGUGAUAUACAGCGGGUUGUCAUGACCUCUUCCGCGAUCACCGCGUUGUUUCCGGAGCCGAAUAAGGAGGGUAUUGUUGUUCGUGAGGAUUCCUGGAAUGACGAGGCUAUCAAGCAAGCCUAUAAUCCAGAUGCCCCAGAGCAUCUGAAGGGUUUCUUCGGCUAUGCUGCUUCCAAGACUGAGGGAGAGAAGGCAGCAUGGAGAUGGAUGGAGAAGAACAAGCCAGGCUUCCAAUUCAACACCGUGUUGCCAGAAUUUACCCUCGGGAGAAUCCUACACGAAGAGAUCCACGGAUCGACAAUGGGCUGGGUCGCUGGCCUAGCCAAGGGGGAUACACGUAUUUUCGAGUCAUUUGUGCCGCAAUACUUCUCCGAUGUCGUCGAUAUUGCGCGUCUACACGCAGCGGCCCUCCUCGAUCCAAACACUGUCUCUCGUCGACUCUUCGGCUUUGCUGCUCCUGUGAACCUCACUGAUAUGAUCUCAGUAGUUCGAAAGCUCCAGCCUGAUAGUACUUUGAUUCCCGAUCCUCCCGUUGAUGAGGGACGUGAUCUGAGUGAAAUAAUCCCCGCCAAGGAAGCAGAAAAGCUCCUGCGGGAAUUCUGUGGGCGAGAAGGGUGGACCUCUCUGGAGGAUAGCAUCGCCCAAGGACUUGAUUUGUCUCGAAUGCGGUGCUCGUUGUAG